AUCGCUCAGGCUAUGAAGAGCUAGGCCAGCCCUGCUUUAGUCACAGUAGCUACAUGUCACUCGGCUAGUAAACCUGUUCCCCUAUUUCAGGAUGACUUCAGUCAUUUCUAAAUGCAUCAUCAUGACCCUGUGCGACCACCGGGGAUCUCUGGACUUCAAGCGCCUAGAUGAGACGAUCGCACAGAGUUUCACUGUUGCGGAACCAGUGCUGCGAAGUAUCCUGUUCGACGACGGCAAAAUAGCCAUUAAAGCAGGCAGACAGAAGGUGAUCGGCGGUCAAAUAAUCAGCCCGGACAGUCUGGUAGUGGCUAAAACAAGUCUUAGGAUCUGUCAGAAAAAACCCGGAGAGUGCUCACAGUGUGAUGGCUUACACCUGUGCAGGUAUUUUGUUUGCGGGGACUGCACGUUCGGACUCAGGUGUAAAAGUCCCCACAGUCUGGCUUCUCCACACAAUGCAGAGCUUUUAAAGAGAUACGAUCUUCACGGCUUGACAGAAAAACAGCUGUUCCAGCUGUUACUGCAGAAUGAUCCGUUUCUGCUACCUGAGAUAUGCCCACAUUACAACAAGGGCAACGGUUUGCAUGGUUCCUGCAAGUUCAGCACCUCCUGCACCAAGCUUCAUGUCUGCCAGCACUAUUUCCAAGGCGACUGCAAGUUCGGCCCUAACUGUAAGAGAACCCAUGACAUUGAUGCACAAGGAAUGAAGAUUUUCCGCGGAUUCAGUCAAGAAAAUAUUAAAAACCUUCUUGAGAUCUACAGAAAUAAAUUCAUCAUCACAGGUCAAUGGGCUGUUCCUGUACCACAUGAGGUGAGAACCCCAACUCUGCAGCCUUCCCAGCGGCCUUCCCACAGCAACCCUGGAUCCCCCACCAGUACUACUUGUUCAUCUAAACCCAUGAGUGAUGCUGACAGGAAUGAAAUCUGCCUCUUCUUCAUUCGCAAACACUGCAGCUUCAAAGAGAAGUGUGCUCGUGUCCAUUGGCAUCUGCCUUACAGAUGGCAGGUUUUAGACAGCGAUGGUGUGACCUGGAAGGAUUUGCCUAAUAUGGAGGACAUUGAGAAGGCCUACUGUGACCCAGGAAAAGACACAAACUGCAUGACUCAACCAUCGUCCGCCUCAGGAAUUUUCAGUCUCUUAGGUCUUCAGAGCUCUUUGUCCCUCGACACUGAGGCAGUUGACUUCAUCACGAUGACGAUGAAAUAUGGAAGGUCUCCAGUUCGUCGCCUGUCCACUGCCUCCUCUAUCUCAAAGCCCCCUCACUUCAUCCUUACAACACAAUGGCUUUGGUACUGGAAGGAUGACCAUGGGAAGUGGCAGGAGUAUGGACAGGGUGAUACUGACACAGCAGCCUCUGUCACCUCUGAAACUCUGGAGAACGUGUACCUGGCAGACAGAGACACAGGGAUUCCUUUUAGUGCUGGCAAACAGCAGUAUAUUCUCCACUUCAAAGGUGAAACAGGAACCCAGCAGAUGUAUCAAGACAACUUAAAAUACAAAACUAAGAGGGAGGUCAGAAGGAGGCCUCGCUUUGUGUCUGCUCAGGACGUGAAAUUGAAGCUGGAGAGUGCAUCAUCACACAGCUCCAGCUCCUCCACAGCUGAAAAUGUCCCAUCCCACUGGGACAAGAAAGCCCUGCCUGAUUAUGGAUACAAGCUCAUACCUCUCUCCAAAUCUGCACAUGAAUAUAAAAAUAUUGAGAUGUUGUUUAGGCGCACAAUGCCUCAGAGUAAAAUUUACAGUAUCCAGAGGAUCCAGAACCCAUCGCUGUGGAAAGUCUUUGAAUGGCAGAAACAGCAGAUGAAGGAGAGGAAUGGAGGGAACGCUGUGAAUCAGCAGUACUUAUUCCAUGGGACAGAUCAGUCCCUGAUUGAGGCUAUCUGUGAGCAAAACUUUGACUGGAGGAUGUGUGGCGUCCAUGGCACGGCCUAUGGCAAAGGGAGCUACUUUGCCAGAGAUGCAUCCUACUCAGACAGAUAUGCCAGGGCCCAAAGAAGCCUUAACAAGACCAUGUUUGUUGCUCUGGUCCUGGUGGGGGAGUCCUGCAAGGGACAGAGCAGCUUUGUCCGACCCCCAACAAAAGGAGAUGGCAGAACCCUCUAUGACAGUUGCGUUGACCUGGAGAGAAACCCCAGCAUCUUUGUUGUCUUUGAAAAACAACAGAUUUAUCCAGAGUAUGUAAUCAGUUACUCGUAAGUUGUAAUGCUGUUGUUUUUCGGAGGAUUUUGGUACAAGAUAAAUUUGUAUUUCUGGAUGCUUUUUGCUAUGACUGGUAGCAGCCACUGGCUUUUUUAAAGGUUUGGGGAGUUUUACAGCGUUGGAAGAAUGUAAGAAGCUCCUGCAUUCAGAAUCUUACUUUGGUAAAAGCAGUUUUAUCAACAAAAUAUGCUUCAAGUGUUAAAAGUAAAAGCAAUGCAGUGGCUCUGUGUUAAGGUGGAGCUGAUUUUAAAUUCUUUAUAUACUGUCAGGUACUUUGAUGAAGUGUAAAGUGGAAGAAAACAAAUACUCAAGGGGAUUUUUCUGUGUGAUUUUUACUCUGGGUCCUGAUUCAUGAAUGAAUUCAUAAUGUGUCCGAAAAUACACAUUUUUGCACUGUAGAAUGUAUACAAACAAAUCAUGUUUUUCCUUGAUAACAGUCUACAUUUAUGAUAAGUGGGGGUAUUUUGUUGUCUUAAGAAUGUUUGCCAAAGGUCAUUCACCCAAGCCUGUUGACGGCAACAAAGUCAUCCUGCGUCUAAAUAUGGAAUGAAAUUCAGAUUAUGUAAUAAAUGGCAUUUAACUCA